AUUCACCUUACCUGCAGAAGGAUAAUAAGGGAUGUACUGCAGCACAAAUCUUUCCUUCCUGCUUUUAUAUCCACCUCCUGCACCUGCCUGAGCAGGAAAAAGAAACACAAUGGUUAUGAUGAGGUUAACCAAGCAAAAUACGAAGGUUUGGUGCGUACUGUCACUGCCUCCCGCAUCAGUCCACAGACACCUGAUAGGUUAUUUGAAGAAGACAAUUUUUUGUUUGGCAAAGUAGUAAAAUCAAAGACUGCAACACAAACACCUGAGCCUAAGGCUCCUCAGAACUGGGUCCCACUAAGCAACCCAAAUAAAGUUAGUUUGCCCCUAGAGAAGACCGACUUUGACUUACCCCUGAAGAUCAGUUUACCAGCAAGAAAUCAUAUGGCAAAUGGCACAAUUCCUAGUGUUACCAGAAUCCUACAGCAAACCAUGCCCAUGGAACAGGCAUUUUACCUUGAGAGAUGGAAGCAGAGGAUGAUCAUGGAAUUGGGUGAACAAGGCUUCGCUGAAUAUACUGCAGCUCUCUUCUCACAGGGAAAACAGUUCCACAUGCAGCUGGAAGAUCUGCUUUUGGCUCUGGAUCAUGGUAAAAAAGAGGAGCCUGAGGGGUCCACAGGGUACCUGAGCAGUGUUCAGCAUGUUCUGACAGACAUUAUUGGAGUUAAGUCACUUGAAAGUGCAGUGCACCACUCAGAGCUGCAGUACUUGGGUCUUGUAGACUGUGUGGCUGAAUAUCGGUGAGAAAAUGUUCUUAGUAUCUCAGUGAAUUGAUUAAAAUCAGUUUUUUUUUUUAUUUUAAAUGUGUAUGUGGGGAUAAUUAUCUUCUUAGGUCACAGGGUAAGAUUUGUAGCCUAGGGGGAUAAAUGAGCUAAGGAACUGGAAGCAUGUUUAUCAAGAGGUAAAACAGAGAC